GGACCUUGACACGGUGCAGAAAACAAUCAUCAUCACACCCUGACUUCCAACUGGAGCUUCAGUGUAGACUGAGAAACGACCGUCACUGCAUCCAGUUGUUCUCUCAUGAGGAAGACACAUCUUCAUUGUAGCCAUGGUGUCGUCUGACAAUCUGGCAACAUGGUUAUUAGAGGUGAUGCUGUCACACCCAGCUCUAACCUGUGCAUUACUCCUGGUCGCUCUCGUUGCCAUCCGCUGGUACAUCAGAGAUUCCUACAAGGUGGAAGGCUUCGGCCAGAAGCAUGUGCUCAUCACAGGCUGUGACAGCGGCUUUGGGAACCUGCUGGCCAAGCAGCUGGAUAGAAAAGGCCUCCACGUCCUGGCUGCGUGCUUCACAGAGAAAGGUGCUGCAGACUUGGCAGCAGCGGCCUCCCCCAGACUGAAGACGGUGCUGCUCAAUGUUACGGACGGGCAGAGCAUCGGGAGGGCGGUGGAGUUCGUGAGCAAAGAGGUCGGAGAGCGAGGUCUGUGGGGUCUGGUGAACAAUGCCGGCACGUCCAUCCCCGUCGGCCCAAAUGAAUGGAUGCAGUUGGAGGAUUUCAAAAAGGUUUUGGAUGUAAAUCUGAUGGGAGUUAUUGACGUGACGCUCCAUUUUCUGCCUCUGCUGAAAAAGGCUCGGGGCAGGGUGGUGAAUGUGGCCAGUGUUUUUGGCAGACUGUCUAUUGCUGGUGGAGGAUACUGUCUGUCCAAAUAUGGAGUGGAAGCCUUCUCCGACAGCCUCAGGGUUGACAUGGGGCACUUUGGCGUCAAAGUGUGCAUCAUCGAGCCUGGUUUCUUUAAGACCGGUUUAACCAGACUGGAUCUUAUUGAAGCUGACCUGGAGAGACUGUGGACCCGCCUCCCUCAGGACGUCAAGGACUCCUACGGACACACGUACUUUGAUGAAUAUCUGAAAGCUCAGGAGUUCUCUAUGAAUCUGUUGGCAAGUCCUGAUCUCUCCAAGGUGACCAGGUGUAUGGAGCACGCACUGACAGCUCAAUUCCCACGCACACGCUACAGUGCAGGCUGGGAUGCCAAGUUUUUUUGGAUUCCUCUGUCCUACCUCCCUUCAUUUGUGUGCGACUUUAUUCCCAAUGUGCUUCUUCCUGCACCUAAGGGUAACAGAAACGUCUAGUAGGCAACAACACAGUGUUAUGACAUAUUUUUCUGAAUGUGAUUAAAUAAAAAAGUGUCAAGACUGUGUUACAAAAUAGUAAAUUUAUUCAUUUCAUGUCUCAGCAGCAGCAAUUUAAACGACAUGGUCACGUUGUGGAUGAUCACAGAUAC